CUGUGUGUGCGUGUGUGUGCGUGCGGUUCAUCCACAGCAGCAAUCCCAGCGACAGCUCAGGCAUCAUGUUCUCUGUCAUACGUGUGCUGUUCCUGCCUGUAUGUAUAUGAGCCGGCCAUCAUCACCAGUUCUUUGAUAGAAUGUAAUAAAAAUCACUCAGAACUCAGACGUGUGGAAAAAUGGUGUGUGUGUUGGAUGUAGAUGCUGAUGUUCCUUCUGUGGUCGGGAUUAGAAGCUGCACCGCUUCCGUCCAUCCAACAGUUACCAGUUUGGGACUCACAGUAACGUUUGCUCCCAGCAGCACAGCAAAGCCGAUCGUCAGGUUUGUGAGACAGAAGGAAAGAAAAGCAAAGACGCUGUGUCUCAUUUAUCGAGAGCAUCCGCCACAGGACCGCACACGUCUUUGAAACACUACAAACAUCCCAGUUUACUGAAGCAGCAUCUGAUCCACGAGGUUAGCAUCAUAUUUGAGCAGAAGUUCAGUCAAAGUAAAGCCGACAGCCGCUCCUCAGGUCAUGGUCUCCUCCUCUAGGUGGCGCUGGAAAUUGUGUUCAGUAUCACUAAGUGAUUAAAGUGGGCCAGGCGACCUCGGUCCAGCUCCCUGAUCCUCUGUUCAGUUUGCUGAUGGUUUUACACACACGAGCUCCACCAUGAGGGCAGCUCAUCGUUUAUACAGGCAGGUCCACAGGUAUUUGGACGCAGACGGUUUUCUAAUGUUGGACCUGAAACUGAAUCUUCCAGGAAACAGAUGCAGGUGAAGUGCAGACGUUCAGCUUUAACUCAGUGAGUUAAACACAGACUGCAGAAAACUGUGAGGAGCUACAGACUUCCUAACACAACGCCGUCAUUUCAGGGCUCUAAGGUAACUGAAGAUAAGUGAAAAUAAAACGUUCAUUUUUAACACUUGGUUGCAAACCCUCUCCCGACACUGACAGCUCAUGGACGUCACCACGUGCUGCUUUGCUCUUUAAUGCGCUGCCACCUUUACUGCAGCGGCUCAAAGCUGCUGUUUGUUUGUGGACAUUUCUGUCUUCAACCAGUGAAAUGCUCGGUGGCUUCAUCGGUCUCUCCUGCACCGACACAAACCAUCUGCUUCAUUAAGAUGAAAUAAAGUUGUUUAGUCAACGAUAAUCUUUGUUGUAUAACUGCACAACUUUCAUACCAACAUGAUUUGUGUGUUUGUCACCUCAUGUUAAAAUAACACCAAGUGUUUGUUUACAUUUACACCUGUUAUAUUGACUUUAUGUUAAACUGAUAUCAUGAUUUUAUCAGAAGAAUUAUUUAUUCUGUCAAGCUGCUGUUUAACAUGUUUGCAGUGAAUGGAUUUUCUACAUGCUCUAAGAAACACCUUAAAAACAGUAAGACAAUAAACACAAACACUUCUUUAACCAGUUAUCUGUGUGUCCAGCUGCACUUGAACUUAGUGUCUAAUAAACUGAAAAACAGCAGCAGGUGUCCCAGAGUUUACCAAAGGACAGCCCGGUGUCCUCUGGUUGGUCACUGUCGUGCCCUCAGUGGAUCCUUGGGUGUGAAACGAGUGUUUCUGCAUCAAAGCCAAGCUGAGGAACAUUAGGCUGUGUCAGAGUCUGGGCGGCAGUAGUGACACGUCCACAGGACUCCAUCCACUGAAGAGGAGUUCAGCAGUUUCCAAGCAUCGGAUCCAAAAGCCGAAGCUUGAGGUUGGUGUUGUCGACGCGGCGUCUGUGUGGAGUCCAUCUCUGACGACUGAUGUCUUCAAGGAUCAGACAUCAGGUGUGUUUAUCAGAUCAAAACAUGUGUUACAUACUGCCGCCAUCAUCAUCAUCAUCAUCAUCACAGAGCAUUUUUAUAACCACCAAAAACUGUGAUUUAACCCUCUGGAGUCCACGGACGCACCAGCGCGUCCAAACGACCUAUGACCCAUCAUGACCGUUUGCUGUUCUCUGUUCGUGGUCUGUGUUCAUUUUUACUUCUUACGCUGUUCGACUAAAAACACUUUCAGAGGAAAGAGCAGGGAGCUCACGUGACCCGGCAGUUGCGCUGCUUCUUCCGGUCUGAGCGCUCGUGUUUCCGGUCCGCCCUCCUGCCGUCUGUGGAGGACAGCGACAGCCGCAGCAGUUUACGGCAGGUCGGGACCGGGCGCGUGCAGCAGGCGCUCCCUCGAGAGCUCGGUGAUCGGAUCAGCUGACGGACCGGAGAGCCGGAGUGAGCCUCGGAUCGGACCAGGUCAGAGCUCUGUUCCAGGAGGAUCCUGUUCCUAAGCACAUGCAGUCUUCUUCUGGAAUCGCCUCGUCUCUGGUAUUACCUGGAAGAAGGACGUGUCCUUUAAACGUGCCCACAGGUCGUCCUGAUGGAGGCGCUGUCCUGCGGGGAGCAGCGUCUGGGCUCUGAGGAAGAGGAGGCCGCCCCAGCUGUGGGAGUGAGUCUGUGUGACUCCGCCCCGUUGGUGUGGAGGAUGCAGGACCUGAGGGCCGUUAGGGCUCGAGGCCUGGUGGGGGUGCUCCUGGGGUCGCUGCCCCGAACGCCCCGACAGAACGGGCGCCUGGGUCGACCGCUGCUGCUGCUGCCGGAGGAGGAGGGGCUGCUGAUGGAGCGCCGCGCUGCUGCAGCCCUACCAGACCGCUGCCAGCAGGAUGGCGGGGGGGCGGAGCUCCGUCAACAGUACGAGGAGGAGGAGCAGAGGAGCUUUGAGGAGCAGAGCGUCCUCGCACUGGAGGACAGGAAGUCGGCGCUGCUCCGAGCUAUGACAGGUGCAGAGUCCGGCGCUGCGAGUGCAGAUGAAGCCCUGCAGCGCCGCCUGCAGGCUCUGGACCAGAACUUCACCUUCCCGCAGUCAGCAAUGGCGGUCCAGCUGAGCACGGCGAGGGCGGGGCUAAGUUACUGUCCUGAAGCCCGAGCCUUCCUGCAGGCCUACGGGCCAACUGGGGCUGAGCCCCGCUGUGACAUCAGGUACCAGGUGUUCAGAGACCUACGGGGGCGGGGCUUCUACCUAACCUCAGCGGGAAAGUUUGGAGGAGACUUCCUGGUGUAUCCAGGUGACCCUCUGCGGUUCCACGCUCACUUCAUCGCUGUUUGUGUGUCUUUGGAUGAGUCCGUGUGUCUGCUGGACGUCCUCGCCGUGGCUCGUCUGGGAUCCAACGUGAAGAAGACGGUCCUUCUGUGUUCACCGGGGCCGGACGCCAGCGUCUGCUACACGUCGCUUCAGUGGAGUGGGAUAGUUUAAACGCGGGGGACAGGAGAGACGACGCCCGCCGGCCCAUGUUCAGGCGGGUCCGCGUCCUGCGUCUAAAACCUGUUUCUGUAACUCUGAGGCUGAAGAACAACUGCAGGAGGUCAUGUGACUGACAGGGCGGAGCAGGGCCGCGGCCUCUAAAGGACCAGUAAAGCGUGAUGGGUCUGCUCUUUGUUUCUCCGUGGCGAGCGUCACAAACACAGCUCUCUGCAGCUUUCAGACUCAUCCACACGAUUUCUCUGAUGAAGCCUGUCGUGGAGCCGAGUCCAGCUCUGAUCUCCGAGCCGUUCGACAACUUUGUCUUAAAGCAGCGUGCUGGAGGUGAAAGGACCCCGACAAACCCCGCCCACUUCUUUAUUUCUUUUUAUUAGUGACAGUGCGAGGAAACAAAGGACAGCUCUCCUUUUUUCAAAGAGUGUAUUUUCUCAGUGAGUCAUUGUGUUGAAAUAAAAGUGAUGUGGGUAUUGA